AUGAAUAUUAGUCGAGCUAAACCAUUUUUCCAUUUGUCAACAUUUUCAAUGGAAGUAUCAGAUCGUUUUGAUGAAAGUAAUAGAUUUGAUAAUGAUUUUGACGAAAAUAUUCAGGAAUAUAUUCAUCGUAUUCAUCAUUGUUCAAAUCGAUCACAAGCUAUUAAUCUACGUACGAAUGCUUUGAAAUUUAUUGAUCAAUGGCGUUUACAACGUUUAGAACAACUUGAUGAACAAGCUCGAUCAUCUGGUCAAUUAAUUUUAAAUGCAUUUGAUAAAUAUCAAAGUAAACGUCAAUAUAAAACAUGUUCACAUCGAUUAAAACAAUCUUCAACCAUCGCUAGAAAUACAACAAUACCAGUGGUAUCAAAAGAACAAAAUAUAUAUUCAUCUUCAUCAACAGCAAAUGAUGUAUCAGACGAUAAUAAUCAUUAUUUACAAAAGACAGAACAACAGAUCGAAAUUUCUGUUAAUAAACUAAAAUCUUCGUCAUCGAUUCGUAAAAAAAUUUCGUUUAAUUCAAUUGAUUUCGGUCGAGAUUUUACAUUUGAAACGUUAGCACAUUUAUCAUCUUCAACACAAGAUAAUGCUAUAAUUGUUUGUGAAAAUAAUACAUUGAUCUAUUCACAAUAUUUAAAUGAAUUAGUUAUUCUUUCACUUAUUAAUUCGAAAAAUAAUGCUUUGACAAAAUUAGAUAAGAAAUGUAUUAUUCGUGAUUUAUGUUAUGUUGAUUGGUUAUUCAAAUGUUUAGUUAUAACUAAUGAACAAAUUUACUUAUUAGAUUAUCGAACAACACAAUGUGAUCUUAUUGAAUCAGGCCAUGAUUAUAUAUGUGGUGCAAUAGAUAAUCAUCGUUGUAUAUUCUACUUAGUAAAACAAUCAACAUUAUAUAAAUAUGAUAAAAAAUCUUUAUUAAAUCUUCAAGCAGAUGAAUAUCCUAUUGCUGAUGGAUUUAAGUCACAGCGAAUAUCUCUUGAUCAUAAAACAAAUGAUCACUUAGCUUUAUUAGUUAAAGAUAAUAAUGAAAAAUAUGUUAUAUUAGUUUAUUCAACAAUAUCACUUGCUGAUGGUUAUUUAUAUAAGAUAAUGAUCGAUGAUCAAAUUGAACGUGAAUGGAUUUGUUCAAGUGGAAAUCAAGGUUGGCUUAUUCGAGGAACAUAUCCUGGUAGUUGUUUUGAUUUAAAUAUUAAUGGUCUUGGUUCUCUUCGUAUAUUUGAUUGUAAUGAAAUACGAAAUAUUAUUCCAAUGAAUGAACAUCAACGUUUUAUUAUUCGUACUAAAACAGAUAUUUUCAUACUUAACAAUCAUUCUGUUUCGAAUUUUAAUAAAUAA